UUUAAUAGGCUUUCACACGCGGUCAUUCAAUUUACAUGUCUGUACAUGCCAGCGCACAUAUGUGAGUAAUUUUUCAAUUAAUUUUAAUUAUAAACUUAAUUAGGAAAUCAAUGAACAACGCAAACGGAACAGUACGGAACACACACGCACAACUUUUACCGCUGUAGGAAAGAGACAGCGAACAUCCGAUUCCACACUACACAACAACUAAAACAAUGACAACAAUUGCCAUCAAGUGCGCUGCGCAUACAGCAUAAAAUCAUCCACUCAACGCCAGUGGGUCCCGCAAACAAGCCCCCAAAAGCGAAGUGAAGCGCCCGUUGAAAAGCGAACACGCCGAAAAGUCGAAAUCAACUGAGCAGUGGGACAACAACAACUCAAACGAGGAGAAUAGGGGCGCCAACACGCCAGGGUUGCCAGACCUUUCGUCACAGCCAAGUUUGCUGUCUAUAUUUCGUUAAGAUUUCGGCAAGUCAAUUUUUGUAAUACAUUAAAAAAUAUCUAAAUAUACCUGCAAUUCAGUUCCAAGUGUCAGCACCAAUAGCUUAAUCUAUCGGUUUCCAGCCAAAUUGUCAGCACUGUUGGUUAUCGUUAUCGGUGACCGCUCGAAACGUGAGGGUAGUAUUAUUCAUUCCAAAGAUAAAUAAAAACACACGAGCCGGUAUGAAAUUUGCGAUUGAGAGCAUAAGCAAGAAUUCCGGCCGCCUGGGCCAACUCCGGGUCAAGGAUUCAGGGCCUGAGUUUAGGACUCCGCUCCUUUUGCAGACGACUAAAGGCGGCAGCAUUCCAUGGCUGAGUGCUGAUGUCUUCGAGAGCCAUGUCAGUCGGAAGCCACAGGUGCUCCAGUUCACCCUGUCCACCAUGGAUCAAAUGACCGAGGCACUGGCGCUGUGGAACUGUGGUGGGGGUCGGGGAUUGAGCGACUAUGUGGGAUUACCAGGACACCUAAACAUUCUCCUGCUGCGAGAUCCCUGUGAAACGACGCCUUCGCGUGGAAACGACCGGGAUAUACAGCCACUUUUUACGAGAAGGGGCAAGGAAUCACUUACUCCGGAGCGCUACAUGGAAAUGGUGUCGAGCCUUAAACCGGAUAUCUACCAGGGACUCAGUGAUGCGGACACAAAUUUAGAGAGUGCCAAGAAACGGGUUCAGAAAUCUGUGGACAGGACCGAAAAGUUCAUGCACUACAUAUACGAGCACCGCGGUAAGGUGGAGUCUAACCUGCUGGCACCUAUUGUGGGUGGAUACAACACCUUUGCCCGAACGCAGUCCAUCAAGCAUGCACGGGAACAGCCAGCGGGCAGUUACGGAGGUUACAUUUUCGAGGGAUUCCACACGAAUGGCUUGACGGCUACAACCUUAGAUUCUACCAAACUACUACCCAUUGUAGAGCACUGCGUCAAGCAGUUAGAAGAUGACAAGCCUAGGAUAAUGCCUGGUGCUUUCUCGCCUUUGACCCUUUUGGAGCUCAUCCGCCAGGGAGUGGAUGUUUUCGACACAUCGUACGCAUAUUGCGCUUCCUUUAAUUUCAAGGCGUUGACUUUUAGCUUUGUGCAGGAUACUGUGGAGCAUGUUCCUUUCUUGGACAUAACGGAUGAAGCUAUCAAGGAGGAUUUUACACCGCCCUUAGGCAACUGCAGUUGCUUAACCUGCCAGAAACACACGCGUGCUUACCUACAUCACCUGUACAAGACCAAUGAGUUACUGGGUCCCAUAUUACUGAUGGUUCACAACCUGCAUCAUUACAUGGCCUUCUUUGAGAUAAUACGUGAGAGCGUGGCCAAGGAUACGCUGCCACAGUUGACGGAGCUUGUAAGGAAUCAAAACGGAAAAUCUCAGGUGGAUUAUUCAAUUGCUGCCAACACAAAAGUUGUUAGCAAGGCCACUAUGGGCAAAGGAUUCGCGGCGGCAGCAGUAUGACAUUACAAACCAAUCACACAGUAAAGUUAGUCUAGAAAGAA